AUGAUUUUUUACAUAAAUUAGAGGAAUAAUAUAGAAAAAUAAAUGAGCUUCAAUUUUUAGGUUUAUAAGAAUUACAUAAAUAUUUUUAGAUAAAAAAAUAGAAAUACAAAGUUAAUUUACUUCCCCAGAAAAAAAGAAGAGCUUGUGAAUAGUUUUAGCUAUUCUUCAAAUAAAAUUUAUCACUUAACAAAAAAAUUUUAGAAAGUAAAUUAUCUUAAGUUAUAAAUUAAAUUGAAGAAAAAAAUGGUAUAUUCAAAUAUAUCAAUAAAAAUAAUAGAUUUAUAUAUUAUUAAAUAGAUGAUAUUUUGA